AUGCCCGGCACUGCCUUGCGCAAGCCCUUGGACGCUCACGGGGACCAGCUGCAGAGCCUGUCGUGGAAGCAGGACGGCCGCCUCCUGGGCACUGCGUGCAAGGACAAGAAACUGCGGAUCUUUGACCCCCGAGCCAGCGCGGCUGCGUCACAGAGUGCCCAGGGACACGAGAACAGCAAGGACUCGCGGCUGCUUUGGAUGGGGGCCAGCGACUACCUCAUCUCCGUUGGCUGCAACCAGAUGCGGGAGCGCGAGGUGAAGCUGUGGGACACGCGGAAGUUCAGCAGCGCAACACACUCCGUGACACUGGACACCUCGCCCGGGUAG